AUGGUAGAAGAUUGGAAAGUGAUUUGGUCCCCAGCUUCAGAGGAACAGCUCAGCAAAUGGAAAUCACUUCUUGAUUGUCAGAAUCCCGUACUGGGUGAAUCCCAACUGUCCCUUGAACACAUUUUGUGCCGAGCCAUCAUGAGCAAGGAUUACACUCUAGUGCGGGCUUGCAUUUCCCAUGGUGCCAGAUUGAAUGAUUGGGUGUACGGCGCAGUGUCGCAGGCUAUGAGCUUGGAACUCUUACAGAUCCUUGUUCCAGCUGGAUUGGAUGUGAACCACAAGGAGGAUCGAGUAGGUGGUUACAUUGCCGCAACUGCAAGUUGCAAUCAGAUGGACUUGACUAGAUACCUCCUACAGCAUGGGGCGGACCCGAACCGUAACCCACUGGCAGACCUCAAUCCGGCCUUGAAUAUGGCUGUGAAAGGAAAUUUCAUGGAGAUGGCAGAGCUGCUUAUUCAAUAUGGUGCCAAGGUCAAUGGACUAGGCGCGUUGGCAAUGGCAGCAGAGUAUGGCCGGUUUGAAAUGAUGAACUUACUGUUUCAACAUGGAGCAGAUGUGAAUGAUGAUGCAAAGGAUCGGGCUGAGGAAUGCAUUGACUAUAUUGAGGGGGUUACUGCACUGCAUCAGGCAGCAAAGGUGGGACGUAUUGAUGCAGUUGUCUUUCUACUCAAUCAUGGGGCAAAUCCAGACUUGAAGGAUGAGGAUGGACGGACGCCGUUGAUGGUUGCGCAAGAGAAUGGCCAUCCAGAGGUGAUAGAGUUCUUGAACAAGUUGCAACAAUAA